GUGCACGUGAUGUAAAAUAUAGAUUUUCAGUACUGGCAAUGAACAUCGGAACGCAGCUUUAUUAUCUCAAUCGCAAUAUAUACCGAAAUUUUCAAAACGAACAAAACGAUUUUUAUACCGAGGAAAACGUGAGACUGUUUUCCUCGAAAAGGAAUAUGAGCGAUCUUCUUAGCGAUAAGGAUAAUCCCGUGGUUUUUUUGGACGUUGCGAUAAACGAUGAGAAAGUGGGAAGAAUCAUCAUAGAACUGUUUAAAAAUGUAGUGCCGCAAACCGCGGAAAAUUUUCGUGCCUUGUGCACCGGCGAGAAAGGUGUUGGAACAAAGGCUAGGAGAUUACAUUACAAGGAAAGUAUUUUCCACAAAGUCAUUUCGCAGUUUAUGAUACAGGGUGGAGACAUUGUCAAUUUUGAUGGGACUAGUGGAGAAAGUAUUUACGGUUCUUAUUUCAAUGAUGAAAAUUUCACAUUGGAUCACAAGUCUGUUGGAUUACUUAGUAUGGUAAAUGAAGGCAAACCACAUACCAAUAGUUCCCAAUUUAUUAUUACUGUUCAACCUUGCACACAUUUGGAUGACACUCACGUAGUGUUUGGAAAAAUUAUAAAAGGCAUGGGUGCAGUGUUAGAAAUCAGUAAAGUGCACACUGAAAAGGACAUUCCAGUUGAUAGAAUAAAUAUAGUUGAUUGUGGAGAACUGAAAAAAGAUGAGGAUUGGGGAUUGGAAGAAAAUGAUGGAUCAGAGGAUGUUUAUACCCCAUGGCCAGAAGAUUGGGAUUAUUCUUUACAUAUUGAGAAGCUCAGUCACAAAAGCAUGGAAAAAGUCAUAAAAAGAAUAAAGGAUUCCGGUAAUCUUUAUUUUUCCAAAAAGAACUUUGUAGAUGCUGGUAGAAAAUAUAAAAAAGCAUUACGGUAUUAUCUUUGGAUGUGCCAGCAGAAAGACAUGCCAGAUACAAUUUAUGUCUCAUUGGUAGAGCUUAAAUCAAUUUUAUUGCUUAAUUUAGCUGCUGUACAUCUAAAGCAGAAAAAAUAUCGUGAAGUUAUAGAUCUCUGUAACGAGGUUUUGGAAACAGACAAUACUAAUGGUAAAGCUUUAUUUAGAAGAGGGCAAGCUUACGCUGGCUUGAAUGAAUAUAAAUUAGGAAUAGCAGAUUUAGAGAGAGCAUUUGAGAUGUACCCUAAUGAUAAGGAUAUUACACAAGAAAUAAAAAAAGUAAAAAAGAUGAAUAAAUCUUAUUUAGAAUUUGAAAAAACAACAUGUCAGAAAAUGUUUCAUUGAGUACAUUUUACAUUCAUAAAGGUUUUAAUAAAAAUUUUUAUAUUUUUAUUUUUUAGAUAAAAGAAUGCAUCACUCCUCAUAUAGAUUAAGGAAUUGAAUUAGGUAUUUAAAAAUCAAUAAUUUUUAAUUGAUUAUUAUACAAUAAAAAUCAAUGUAUAGGAUUAAUAUACCGAUUUUUCAAUUAAUAUUUAAAUCAAUUAUAUAUUUGUGUAUAUAUAUCAUAGUACUCAUGAAAUGAAGAGAAUAUAAGGAUAUUAAUAAUUCUCUGUAUUUAUUACAUCUUUUUUGAUAAAUUUUUAUUAAAAACGUAAAUAUAUCUAUGAUAUAUUUACUAAGAAAAUACUUGGGUAAUAUUUGGGUAAGAAAAUACUCUAGGAUUAUUGAAUAUUCUCAGAGACAAUAAUAUUUGCAUAACAUAUUCUAAUCCUGUGUAUAUUUCUUAAAACAAUGUUAAAUACAAAUAUAAAAUGCAAUUUAAAUAAUAUAAUUUAAAUAUAAUAAUAGGAAUGUAUUGCCUUAUGUAUAUAAAAUUUAUAAGUUGUCAGGGAAUGUGAGAAAUAAAUACAAUACUACA